CAUUGGCUUAAUAAAAGAGAAGAGGAGGGGGAGGGAGGGAGAAAGGAAGCUGUCAUUUGUCAAGGGGGGAUCCGUCUAUGCUGUCAUGGACAAAUAUCGACCAAAGAGACCAACUACCUUGGCCCUGUUCCCACAGCUGCCACAAGCCGGCACCCAGGACUCCAUCAACAACAAUUCUUUAGGCAAGGCCAGCUGGAAAGACUCCCACUCUUCCUCCCCACAUAUCACAGGGGAUCUCGCUCCACUAGAUGUCCAACCAAAAGCUGAGGACAAAGUCCAGCACAGCACUCAGCGCCGGCCAGCACCCAAACCUCCAACAGCCAAUGUAUCCAACAGCAGAGCCAAUGGUCAGGCUGCUGCCACUGGCUCAGACACACGAGCUCGACCACGGGAACAAUCAAUGCCUGGAGCUAUGCAUACACAGUCUUCCCGCACACUAAGGAACCAGAGGAAAGCAGGAAGUGGAGGAGGAAGAGGGGGAGGAAAAGGAGCAACAGUGAUGAGAGACAGGGGCCUGGGCGACCUCAGAGGAAAAGAUGGAGUGAUAGAUAGAAGAGGAGGACGACCGUGUGAAGAGUCAAAAGCAAAAGACAAGAAUGGACAUCAGAGGCCAAGGGAAGAAAACGGACUGAAAGGCCGAGCAGCUGAUGGGAGAGGAAAAGGAGGCACUAAAGGAGGCAACAGAGGAAGCGCCUUAAAGUCGAAUAAAACUCUGUCUAAUAAGGAAGUCUAUCUGCCUGCUAUGGUGGUGCCGCGCACACCCAUAGUACAGAGAAACCUGGAGACAACACACCAAGACCAGAACCAUGACAGGACCCAGGACAACCCCUCUGUCCUCUCCCGGUCCAGCAGUGAGGGAGGGUCCAACAGGAUGUCCCUUAGCUCAGACACAGAAGGACCCCCAUCAGGGCCUCUGCAUCCCUCUCUGACCUACCGAACUAACCCUGACAUCAGUGAAGAAGAGGGGGAGGGAGUUCCAACUCCAUGCCUAAACUUACAGAAUGAUCUAACGUGCUGUCCCACAGGUAACAGCAAAACGGACUGUACCACUGAAACAGGGGUAGACCCCAAGAAAGAAAAGGAUGACAAUAUCAUGGCCUCUGUGGCUAAUCAAACUGUACCAAUCCGUGAAACUUUAACAGGGUUAAAUUAUGACUCUGUUAAAUAUACUCUGGUGGUGGAUGAACAUGCUCAACUGGAGCUGGUGAACCUAAAGUACUGCUUGAAUGGUUACAACGAGCACAAAGAUGACAGUGAUGCAGAAACGGUCUAUCAGUCAGCCAAUGAGGAUGAAGACCCACAGUAUGUGGAGGAGAAGAAGAAAAAUGAGGAAGCAAAAAAGAAAGAGAGGAGGGAAGUGGCGGAAAAAAGAAGAAAUGAGGAAGACGUGAAGAAGAGGAGGGAGGAGGAGGUGAAGAGGAGCAGGGAAGUCAUGCCAAGAUCCUGCAAGCUGUCCAAGGUAACAUCAUCCACAACGUCAGAGGAAGAAGAGUCGAAUGGUGGAAGAGCUUGUGCUCCCAUAAGCAGAAAGUUCCUCAACCUGUUUGCCAAGAACGACAGCCAGAACAGUGCCACAGGUGCUGGCUCGUUUGGUGUGUUCUCCUGUGUUCUGGAUGGAGUGGAGAGGCAACAGAGUCACAGAGCUGUCUACAGGUUUGUUCCUCGUCAUGCAGAUGAGCUGGACCUUGAAGCAGAUGACCCUAUCUUAAUGUUGAACCAGUCUAAGGACCUGUGGUGUCAGGGUUACAACAUGAGGACUGGGGCUAUAGGCAUUUUUCCCGCCUUCUAUGCUGUCAGGGUGCCCAAAGAAAUUGAGCAAGUUCAAAAAGAUGGUUGGAUUGAGAAGUUCCUGGUGCAAUAUCUGGGUUCCGUUCCGGUUCCCAUCUACACAGGCAAAGAUGUGCUGUGUGCUGCAAUGCAGAAGGUAGCAUACAACAGGCGGUCAGCGGGUCAGCCUCCAUCAGCCUGUGCGCUGGAAGUCAGUGUGAAAGGGGUGAAGAUGAGUGUCCAGGAUCAGUGCCACUCCGCUCACAGGGGGGACCAGUGCUUCCAUUUCUUCCAGUUGAAAAAUAUUUCAUUCUGUGGUUGUCAUCCAAAAUACAGCAGGUACUUUGGCUUCAUCACCAAGCACCCUGACCAGCAGCGCUUUGCUUGUCAUGUCCUGAUGUCACAAACAACUUUACAUCCUUUAGCAGAAUCUGUCGGGAGGGCAUUCCAGCAGUAUUACAAGGAGCACGUCGGCUACUCCUGUCCCACUGAAGACAUCUUCAUUGAAUAAUGCCUCCUGUCCAUCCAUUCUAUGAAUUUAAUAUUCACUAUGUGCAUGUAAGCCUGGUCUUAUAUACCACCAACUGGAUUACCAA